GCGAGGAGGAGGCGGUGUGAGGCAACCAUGGCGGGAGGAAUCAAAGUGGUGGUGUGGUCGGCGGUUGGUCCCCGGCCUCGGUGCUGGAGGGCCGGGGGCGGCGGUGCCGCGUGGCUGCUCUUGGUCGUCGCCGGCUGCCUAGUCUGCGGCUCAGCUGGAAUUGAUGUAAAUGUGGUCAUGCUUCAGGAAUCUCAAGUUGAUAUGAAUUCCAGUCAACAAUUCUGUUAUAAAAAUAUGCUUAUCCCAAAGUGGCAUGAUAUAUGGACACGGAUACAGGUUCGGGUAAAUAGUUCCAAAUUGGUCCGAGUUACCCAGGUGGACAAUGAGGAGAAGCUGAAGGAACUGGAGCAGUUUAGUAUCUGGAACUUGUUUUCUUCUUUUUUAAAAGAGAAAUUGAAUGACACUUAUGUUAACGUGGGUCUGUACAGCACAAAAACCUGCCUCAAGGUUGAGAUUAUAGAGAAGGACACCAAGUACAGUGUCACUGUGACCCGGAGAUUUGACCCCAAACUCUUCCUUGUUUUCUUCCUUGGACUGACACUGUUUUUUUGUGGAGACUUACUGAGCAGGAGUCAGAUUUUCUACUAUUCCACUGGGAUGAGUGUGGGAAUCGUGGCCUCUCUCUUAAUUGUCAUUUUUAUGAUCUCUAAGUUUAUGCCCAAGAGAAGUCCCAUUUACGUCAUCCUGGUAGGAGGCUGGUCCUUUUCUCUGUACCUCAUUCAGCUAGUUUUUAAGAAUUUACAAGAGAUAUGGAGAUGUUAUUGGCAUUAUCUUCUAAGCUACAUCCUCACAGUUGGAUUCAUGAGUUUUGCAGUGUGCUACAAGUAUGGGCCCCUGGAGAAUGAGCGAAGCAUCAACCUGCUGACCUGGGCGCUGCAGCUGCUGGGUCUGGGGUUCAUGUACUCCAGCAUCCAGAUCCCGCACGUCGCCUGUGCUCUCAUCGCCAUUGCGCUGUGCACGAAGAACCUGGAGUACCCGAUCCACUGGCUGUGCUGGACCUACAGAAGGAUGUGUAAGGGAGCAGAGAAGCCUGUGCCCCCUCGCCUCCUGACAGAAGAAGAGUAUCGGAUACAAGGAGAGGUGGAGACCCAAAGGGCUUUACAGCAACUCCGAGAAUUUUGUAGCAGUCCGGAGUGCUCUGCCUGGAAGACCAUAUCGCGAAUUCAGUCUCCAAAAAGAUUUGCUGACUUUGUGGAAGGUUCGUUCCACCUCACGCCCAAUGAAGUUUCUGUUCACGAGCAGGAGUAUGGACUAGGGAGCAUCUUUGCCCAGGAUGAGGAGCCGUCCUCCGAGGAGGAGGAGGGGGAGGGGGGCUCGGGGUGCCCCUCUCUCACACAGAACCGUUUUCUGACCUAA